AUGCCGCACAUGCCUCAAGGAAUCGUCAAGGGCGGCAAGGAGGACCUCAAGCUCAGCAAUCAGUCGCUCUGGCAGACCAAGGCCCACAUCAACGGUGCAUGGGUUGAUGCCGACAACAAGUCCACCUUGAAGGUCUUCAACAAGGCUACUGGCGCCGAGAUCGGCCAGGUGCCCGACAUGGGCGCCAAAGAGACCAAGGCUGCCAUCGACGCCGCCGACGCAGCUUUCAAGUCCUGGUCCAAGACCACCGCAAAGCACCGUCACGACCUCCUCAUGAAGCUCUACUACGCUCACCUGGACAACGCCGACGACCUCGCCAAGAUCAUCGUCGCCGAGAACGGAAAGGCAUUUGCAGAGGCCAAGGGCGAGAUCGGCUACUCCAACGGCUUCCUCGAGUGGUUCGCUGAGGAGGCGACCCGCACCUACGGUCAUGUCGUACCUUCGCCCCUUCCCGGCGUCCGCAACGUCGUCCAGAUGCAGCCCGUCGGUGUCGCUGGUCUCAUCACUCCUUGGAACUUCCCCGCUGCCAUGAUCACACGUAAGGCCGCUCCAGCCCUCGCUGCUGGAUGCACCGUCGUCAUCAAGGCUCCCGCUGAGACUCCCUUUUCCGCCCUCGCAUUUGCCCACCUUGCCGAGAAGGUCGGCUUCCCUAAGGGCACCAUCAACGUCGUCACCUGUGCCAAGGGCGACAACGAGAUCGCCGUCGGCAAGGAACUCUGCGAGAACCCCUCCGUCCGCAAGAUCUCGUUCACCGGCUCCACUCGUGUCGGCAAGAUCCUCAUGAGCCAGUCCGCCUCGACACUCAAGAAGCUCUCCAUGGAGCUCGGCGGCAACGCUCCAUUUAUCGUCUUUGAGGAUGCGGACCUCGACAAGGCCGUCGAGGGAGCCAUCGCCUGCAAAUUCCGUGGCUCCGGUCAGACAUGCAUCUGCGCCAACCGAAUCUACGUCCACGCCGAUGUCAAGGAGGCUUUCCUGAAAAAGUUUGCUGCCAAGGUUGACGCUUUCAAGGUGGGCUAUGGCAUGGACGAGGGCACCACCCACGGUCCGCUCGUCAGCGAGGCCGGUCUGAGCAAGGUCGAGGAGCACGUCAACGACUCGGUCAAGAAGGGCGCCAAGAUCGUCAUCGGCGGUAAGCGCGGCGAGGGUCUCUUCUUCGAGCCUACCGUCAUCACCGAUCUGCCUGACGACGUGCCCACCGACCGCGAGGAGACCUUCGGCCCUCUCGCUGCCGUUUACACUUUCACCAGCGAGGAGGAGGUCGUGCGAAAGGCCAACAACGUCGAUGUGGGUCUUGCCGGCUACUUCUUCUCCAAGGACACCGCUCGUUGCUGGCGUGUCGCCGAGGAGCUCCAGGUCGGCAUGGUGGGUAUCAACACCGGUCUCAUUUCGCAGAACUCGGUGCCCUUCGGUGGUGUUCACGAGUCUGGAUUCGGUCGCGAGGGCGGUCGCACCGGUAUCGACGAGUACAUGGUUCAGAAGCUGAUGGUGUUCGGCGGUGUCAACUGA